AUUUAAUAAAUUAAUGCGACGCAACAAAAUAUGUAAAGGAUUCAUUUGGGAAGAUAACAGACAAAAUGUACGGAUAAUGUAAAAAAAAUAAAUGGACAGAAGUAAAAAUCUCAUCUUUGCUCCUCUGAUGGCAGGCAGAGAGAGUUGCCCAUUUCAAACAGCAAAAACGGUGCGCAUGUGUAAGUCUCCAAUGAAACUAUGGUCCUUCUCUCCUUUGUCCUAACCAAAAUCUUUCUCUAGAUUUCACCUUUUCAUCAUCAUCAUCAUCUUUCUUUCCAUUUUUGAUCUCUUAAAAAUUUCCAUGUUUUGCUCUACUUCUUUUCAUCUUACUUGCUUUAUAGAUCUAAUUAUCUGACCCCUAUCCAUUUCCUAUUUUUACAUUAAAUUCUAGAUUGUCUUUCUUUUAAUUAAUACUUUCUACCUGUUGUUGUUGUAUUAUUAUUAGUUCCUUUAAAGAUUCAGUUUUUGGAUGCAGAUUUUAAAGCUAAACUCUUUAUCAUUAGUGUUGUAUUAGUGUAGAUGUGUUAAUUCAAAAACCCACUUUCCAACUUUCCACAAUUCUAGUCUGAAUUCAGUAGUUAUUCUGUUUUUCUUUCUCUAAUUACCAACUAGGGUUUUGCUUCGUCUCCAAAAUUGAAGCAUUGGGUGAUUCUAUUCAUGAUGAGUUAGUUGAGAUGCCCACUUUUCGUAAUCAAUUCAGUCAAUUUGAGUUAAUGGGUUUUAAGUCUUAUAUACUACUACUGUUAUUUAAUUAACAGUUUUGGGUUUUAUCUUCAUAUUUUUCCAACUUCAAUAUCUUUUAACUAAAAUGGAUUACAGUAGAGAUAAUGUUGUCCAUGUCAUUCCUGGAACUGGUCCUGAGAAUUGGCUUCCAAAUUCUGCUGAUUCCGGUGUUGUUUGGGCCACAGAAGAUGAUUAUCAAAUGUGGAACAACUCUGAUGGGCCCAAUGACAACACCCCUUCUAAUUCAAGCUUCCAAUCACGUUCUGGAAGUGAACCACCAAAUAAGAAAUCAAAAAACAACUCACAAGAGUUAUCUUCCAAAAAAUCCAUAGGUAAAAUGUUUUUCAAGACCAAACUGUGUUGCAAGUUCCGGGCUGGCACUUGUCCUUACAUCACAAACUGUAAUUUUGCACACAGCAUAGAAGAACUUCGGCGCCCACCUCCAAACUGGCAAGAAAUUGUGGCUGCUCAUGAGGAAGAGAGAGGGAAUGUAAUGGAGGUAAGAGAGGAAUUUCAAAUUCCAUCAAUAGGGGGAUUUUCAGGGGAGAGUCAGAGGUCUUAUAAAGGGCGGCAUUGCAAGAAAUUUUAUACAGAGGAGGGGUGUCCCUAUGGAGAUAACUGUACAUUUUUGCAUGAUGAGCAGUCUAAGAAUAGGGAGAGUGUGGCAAUAAGUUUGGGGCCGGGAGGGUAUGGAGGUGGCGGAGGAGGUGGAGCAGGAAGUGGAAAUGGAAGUGGAGGUGGGAGUGCAGGGAAUGUGAAGCCAUCGAAUUGGAAAACAAGGAUUUGUAACAAAUGGGAACUCACUGGAUACUGCCCAUUUGGGAAUAAGUGCCAUUUUGCCCAUGGAGCUGCAGAGUUACAUCGAUAUGGUGGAGGGCUUAUGGAGUCAGAAGGUAAAGAUCCUUCUUCUGUCCCUGCUGAUACAAAGCAGGGAGGAGUGCUUUCAAAAACCCCAGCAGAUAUUGUGGUUGCAUCGGUGGCUUCAGUUCCCCAUUCAGAUGUCUAUCACCUUGGAGUUCCAUCACAAAGGCCAUCCAUUCUCAUGCAGAGGCCUGGGCAAAGAAGUCAUCAAAAAUGGAAAGGCCCAGACAAAAUCAGUAGGAUAUAUGGUGAUUGGAUUGACGACAUUGAAUAGACUACAGAAUUAGUUUUCCUUUGAUUAAGCAAAACUAUAUGAACUUAAAAAGAGUUCGAGGGUUCAUGCAAGAAGAUUGAAAUAGAGAAGGAAAUAGGGACAGCGGGGAGCUUCUGCUGUUGGGUUGCAGAGCCGGCUUCAAGUUUCAAGAGGGCAGCUUUGACGUUAGAGAGUAUGAGCGCCAUCAUCUUCUACAGGCGAAGUUGUAGAGUUUAGUGUCCGCUGUGGAAGUUUGAAGCUUGUAGUAUAUUUGUAAUCUUGAACUUUGUAAUCAAUCACAAACGGUAGCAACUGGAUGUCUCAUCCGAAAGAAAAACUGUCAUCUUUGUAGUUGUACCACUUUGAUGAAUUUAUCAAUUUAAUCUCUCUCUCCUUUUACCAAUUGA